UAGGGUUUAACAGCAUGUGGUGCCGAUGUCUUAGAGACGGAAGAUUUCACGAGUUGGAGGUGAAAGCAUAUAUUAAUCGAUCAGUAUAGUUCAUCUGAUAUAUAGAGAAGCUACAUGCGAUACAAAACAUUGAGUGUUUUAGAGCUAAACAUCACAAUGUAGUUGAAACGUUUCAGUUAAUGGACCCAGGCAACAUUGUACUGGCUUCCACUGUGACUACUCAGUGUUACCGUAUAGCGUGGAGCAGGCAGCUGAGUUAGCUGUAUGAGUUCUGUGAAUGUGAUGUUUUCGUACUUGAGUUCUGUAUAGGUUAGCAAGUGAGAUUUGAAGAAAAAAGGAAGGAAGAUUAGGGUUUAACAGCAUGUGGUGCCGAUGUCUUAGAGACGGAAGAUUUCAAGAUUUGGAGGUGAAAGCAUAUAUUAAUCGAUCAGUAUAGUUCAUCUGAUAUAUAGAGAAGCUACAUGCGAUACAAAGCAUUGAGUGUUUUAGAACUAAACAUCACAAUGUAGUUGAAACGUUUCAGUUAAUGGACCCAGGCAACAUUGUACUGGCUUCCACUGUGACUACUCAGUGUUCCUGUAUAGCGUGGAGCAGGCAGCUGAGUUAGCUGUAUGAGUUCUGUGAAUGUGAUGUUUUCGUACUUGAGUUCUGUAUAGGUUAUCAAGUGAGAUUUGAAGAAAAAAGGAAGGAAGAUUAGGGUUUAACAGCACGUGGAUGCCGAUGUCUUAGAGACGGAAGAUUUCACGAGUUGGAGGUGAAAGGAUAUAUUAAUCGAUCAGUAUAGUUCAUCUGAUAUAUAGAGAAGCUACAUGCGAUACAAAACAUUGAGUGUUUUAGAACUAAACAUCACAAUGUAGUUGAAACGUUUCAGUUAAUGGACCCAGGCAACAUUGUACUGGCUUCCACUGUGACUACUCAAUGUUCCCGUAUAGCGUGGAGCAGGCAGCUGAGUUAGCUGUAUGAGUUCUGUUGUGAAUGUGAUGUUUUCGUACUUGAGUUCUGUAUAGGUUAGCAAGUGAGAUUUGAAGAAAAAAGGAAGGAAGAUUAGGGUUUAACAGCAUGUGGUGCCGAUGUCUUAGAGACGGAAGAUUUCAAGAUUUGGAGGGUCAUACUUCCAAGGGUAAAAAUGGGUCAAAACCAAUCCAUAAUGGUAAUGACCAAAUUGCUGCAAGUGCAGAAGAUAGCAGUGAACAGACACAGCAGUUUGUUAGAAUUGUACUGGUGUAUUCGCCAGUUGGAGGCAGUGCUUCAUACAGAUAAAAUGACUCCAAGGCAAGCUCAAGAUGCCAGUCGCGCAUUGAAUGUACUAAAGAGCAAAACUGCACCUUUAAUAAAAAAACGCCAAGUUAUGAGGACAACAUUUGGUGACUACAGAGUCAAAAUGUCGGAGGAGGAAAAGCAAUUUAACAAGACAAAAACACAGCUGAGAUUGGCUGCUGUAGAACCAGACAAAAAGUCUCAUUUUUUCAAAAAAUGUUCUUCAUUGUCCAGCAGUACAACAACAAAUGCUAAAGAAGAAGAGAUGGACAACUGUGAUGAGACAAAAUGUACUGAAACCUCUGAAGACAGAAAAAAAUUAUAUGAAGCAUUAAAUGGAAGCUGUUUCAGAUUCAACUUUGAAUGACAGGUUUAUGUAGAAUUUUGUGAUGUCAUCAACAAUAUUCCAUACAUAAAUACACAUUUUAUUUGAAAUUUCCUUUGUUUAUUGGACUUACAAUUCUGUAAAUAAAUUUUCUAUGGAAAUUUA